GCAUAGGGCAGCGGAACCGCCAACAAUUGGCCUGCUGGCCGCCCCCGAACCGCCCCCGCCGUGCCCGGAGAAGCCGGUUCCUGGUCCGCGAAUCACAUUCGCCGAAGCCCCUCGAUGUGACAGGUGCUGAAGGGUUACCUCAGAGCACAUGUCCAACACAGAUCACUUCAGGAGGUAAUCCAGUUGGAGAUGUAGGAUGGCCAUGUUGUCUUCUCACAGCAUACAUCCUCACUAAAGGCACGGGCCUCCGCUCUCCUCAACGCUCAGUUUGAAGCACAAUCCUCCACCUUAAUCUUGACGGGAUCCACCAAGCGCAUUCCAUCACAAUGCUAUCCGCCGCUCAUUACCUCCUCUUGCUUGUGCCCCUGGUCGCCACCACAUUCGCAGUUCCAAUCUUGACCCCUUCACCCUUGAGGUCCACCGGCCUCGCCAAGCGCGACGCAGUGUAUACCGCCUUACCGGCCGGUUCAGGCGCCUAUCUGUACGACUACUGCGGCGAAGUCGCCCACGCCGAGUACGUCUCCAACCCGGCGGAGCAGGCCCUGGCAACCGACUGCGCGGCCCUGACGCAGCGGUGGGCGGGGCCCGGGUACUGGACGGUUCGCGACGCGGGCGGGUGGGUGCGGCUUGCCCAGGAAGGAACCUGUGCCUUUGAGGUAAAGCUUCAGCCCGGUCAGGUGGGCAGCUCAGACCAGUUCACCUUUGGCACGAACGACGUGGGCUUUUAUAUCAGAGGUUAUGCCAACGUCCACAAUGCCGAUCCGCAGGGCCGGGUCUCGGUGUGGUCGACUGUCGUGUGCCGCAGGGAAGGGUUGCCGCUCAUUGGGGUGGAUUGGAGGGUUAUCAAGGCUUAGGCGGGUUGCGUCCGUGAGGGGGGGAACGACGGUCCAGCUGUGUGGGUGAUAGGGUAAGGUACCUAGCUAAGGAGACAUGAAGACCAAAGGGAUUCAAAGACCGACUUGACACAUCCCUUGAAGAAUUGCAACAUGUAGUCUCAUUGAAAUUGACACGGCUUCGGGUUCAUGUGCUGGUAACAAUUGCACUGCUGGUUCCCAAGCUGGCCAAAAGGAACUGAAGACCGUCAGCCCUAGUUAGCCUUACUUGAACUCCACGCCGUUGAGCGAGAACAGCUGGGUGGAGGGCAUUGAUAGCGAGCCCAAUAUCCCAGAGGUCGACUGGGACGAGCAGUUCCCGGGACGCUGAUGGCCAUGAAAGGUCUCGCUACUAAAGAAACUGU